ACUAUAAAUAUGGCCUACAGGAGCCAAGCCAUAAACCAGCACUACUAGAAAGAAAUGAAACAAACACUAAUGAAGUUGCCGAGUUCUUUAGCAGUCGUUCUCUUCAUUCUCUCAACCCUUUGGCUCUCAACUACUUCAAAUCCCAUUCUCGAAAACUUCCUCAAAUGCCUUCCAGAACAAACUCACUCCAACUACUCCAUCUCUGAAGCCAUUUACACCAGCCAAAAUGCCACUUUUGAAUCCGUUCUGCUGUCAUACAUCAGAAACGGCAGAUAUUUAACCCCUACCACUCCGAAACCAUUGGCUAUUGUAACAGCCAAGCAUGAAUCCCACGUGCAAGCAACUGUGAUCUGUGCAAAGCGGCACGGUUUGCAGAUUCGAAUCCGAAGUGGAGGCCACGAUUACGAGGGUCUAUCUUACGUGUCACAUGUCCCCUUUGUUAUUCUUGACAUGUUUCAUCUCCGCGCCAUUCAUGUUGAUGUCGCGGAUGAGAGUGCUUGGGUUGAGUCUGGGGCUAUUGUUGGUGAGCUUUACUACGAAAUCGCAAAGAACAGUAAAGUUCAUGGGUUUUCAGCUGCAGCUGGUCCAACUGUCGGUGUUGGUGGUCACUUUAGUGGCGGUGGGUAUGGUGUCAUGAUGAGAAAAUAUGGGCUCACCGUGGAUAACAUUGAAGAUGCUAAACUAGUUAAUGUGAAUGGUACUGUUCUUGAUAGAAAGUCUAUGGGAGAAGAUCUUUUUUGGGCCAUUAGAGGUGGUGGUGGAGCAAGCUUUGGAGUCAUUUUGUCAUGGAAAAUAAAGCUGCUUCCAGUGCCAGCCAAAGUGACUGUAUUCAACGUCGGAAGGACCCUUGAGCAAGGCGCUACAGAUGUUCUUUACCGGUGGCAACACGUCGCACCUAAGCUACCUAAAGAAAUCUUCAUCAGAGCAAUGCCUCAAGUGUUGAAUACUAGUUUGGGUAACAAGACUGUGGAAGUGUCAUUCAUUGGUUUCUUCUUGGGACAAAGUGAUGAGCUUCUUUCAUUGAUAAAUAGGAGUCUUCCUGAAUUGGGUUUGCAGAAAACAGAUUGCAAUGAAAUGAGUUGGGUAGAAUCUACGGUAUUUUGGGCUAAUUACACAGUUGGAACUUCCAUAGACGUUCUACUUGAAAGGCCCAAGGGGCCAACAGACAGCUUCAAAGGCAAGUCUGACUACGUGAAAGAACCAAUUCCAAAACAAGACAUAGAAUUCAUAUUGAAGGAGCUACUUAAGAUGGAAAACUUGUGGAUGCAAUGGAACCCUUAUGGUGGAAGAAUGAGUGAGAUUUCUGAGUCGGAAACUCCCUUCCCUCACAGAGCCGGAAACCUGUUUUUGAUUCAAUACUCUUCGUCGUGGGAGGAAGAAGGGAUUGAGGCCACCAACAAGUACCUUAGCUUAUCUAGAAAAUUUUACAAAAUAAUGACUCCAUUUGUAUCCAAGAGACCAAGAGAGGCCUUCCAAAACUACAGGGAUCUUGACAUUGGGGCCAAUUUGGAUAAUCAGACCAUCUUUAAUAUUGCUAGAGUCUAUGGAAGCAAAUACUUUGAAGGUAAUUUUGAAAGGCUGGUAAAUGUGAAGACCGAGGUUGAUCCCCAAAACUUUUUCAAGCAUGAACAAAGUAUUCCACCUCUUGCCUAGUAUCAUUUAGUUUAAUGUAUUAGGGGGUGUAAGUGGAAGGUCCUGUAUUCGACCCACGGAAUAAUUAGUGUACAUUAGCGUUUAUUAAUUAGUGUGUACUGUAAUAUGUAUUACCCAGAAGUGAAUAAAGGAGUCGAAAGUUUAAAUGUAGUUAUUUCUAGUAAAUAAAGAAAUUGACUACCAUUGAUUUUUUCAA